GCCACUGACACCAUGGGCGCCCUGCUCGUCUUUCUCCUGUGCCUGAGGUGCCUGCAGGUCCUAGUGGCCGCCCCCCAGGACGCCGGCCAGCAUCACAGCCUGCUGCACGACCUGCGCGCUGCGCUCGCCGUAUCGCCGCCCAAGGUCCCUUUGCCAAGAGUGAGAGCUGAUACUGCUGACCAGGAUGUCUGGCCGAAGGGACUUCUCCUGGGAGCUGGGGUGUCAGCUCUCCAGUCUGAAGGGGCAAGUUUAGAAGACGGUAAAGGUGAAAGUAUGAUGGACUUUGCUGUGAAUUUCCCCGGCCUUUUUUCGGACAACGUAAGUGUGGCUGCCGAUCACUACCACAGAUUUCGCGAGGAUCUCGACCUUGCAAAGGAAAUGAAGUUUACAUCGCACCGCUUUUCUAUAGCAUGGUCCCGUGUUCUUCCAACUGGGGGUGUGGACAAUAUUAAUGAGAAGGGCGUUCAGUUCUAUAAAGACUAUAUUGAUAAAGUAAUAAGCAACAACAUGGAGCCCAUGGUCACCAUGCUUCAUUUCGACCAGCCGAUUCUGGUGGAUAAUACGACAGGUGGCUGGGGCCAUUCGGGAAUGAUUGACAGAUACGUCGACUAUGCGGAAUUCUUGUUUAGAACUUUCGGAGACAAGGUUAAGUACUGGAACACUAUUAAUGAGCCUAACAUAUAUUGCAACUACUUUCGCACCCUGUUGGGCGACCUGGAUCCGGUUCAAGAAGGCGACCAAUAUUACAAGUGCAUGCAUAAUAUUGCUGUAGCACAUGCGAAGACUUACCACCUGUACAAGCAAAAGUAUGAAGCAAAACAAAAAGGAAAAGUCGGUAUAUCUGUGGUGGUCUGGCCAUCAUCACCAAAGACUACACAGUCUGAGGAUGUGAUGGCAUCCGAAAUAUUUAAUCAACUGUAUGUCGGCACGCUGAUCCACCCGGUGAUUUUUGGGGACUACCCCCCUGUCCUGCGCUACCUUGUGGACAAGGCGGACGCCGAGAAUGGCCUCAGCGAAUCGCGCCUUCCGGCCUUCACCCCCGAAGAGAAAAAGUUACUCGCAGGCGGGGUGACUGACUACAUAGCUGUGAACGUGUACAGUAGGUGCACAGCUAGUUACAACCGCAAUAAGACAUCUGGAGCCGAACAAUCAAUACUUCUGGGCCCUGUGAUGAAAGAUAUGCCCUUCGUCGAGGUUACCGGCGUUGGCAACUUUGAUGUGACUGAAGAGUCUCUUAUGCAAGAUGCCCUCCUCUGGAUUUGGCGCACCUACCACGUUCCGAUCAUCAUCACUGAGAACGGCUACGGAGAUCAGAAACAUGUGGGGGUUAAGGACACCGUCCGAGCUGCAUUCCAUAGUGCUAACCUCCGUUCCCUAGUGCGCACCAUGAAAGAAUACGACGUAGAAGUUCUUGCGUAUUAUGUGUGGUCAUUACUUGAUGUCUUCGAAUUUUCUGCAGGUUACACUGGCCGACCUUUCGGGCUUAUUCACGUCGACUACGAGUCGGGAACUCUUAAACGCACGCUAAAGGAUUCAUCCAAAUUCUUCAUUGACCUAGCCACGUCAGGAAGAGUCCCGUAUGUCUCUGUACCAGACGAGAGAGGCACAUCUACUGGAAGUACUUCAGCCAUUGCGUCUGGACUGCUUCUUUCAGCUGUGUGGGUAACGACUUGGCUGAGGUCUUCAACUGCUUCAUGACCAACGUCAAUAACUUGGAUACCGAAGUUGAUUGUAUAUUGUUAAAACAACAUGAAUGUAGCUAUCACAACUAAACAAACUGUUUUGGAAGUAGAAGUGUUAAGUAAAGUUUCAUCCAAUUUCA